AUGGCAGGGGAUGAGGGCCAGGCCUUUGAGGGCGGUUUCAAGCUCUACCGUUACAAUCCCAGCCUUGCCGCCAAUGCCAUCUUCGUCUUCCUCUUCGGAGCAGCGUCCAUAGCCCACCUCGUGUAUCUUGUGCGCAAAAAGACGUGGUACUUCAUCCCGUUUGUCGCUGGGUGCCUCUUCGAGGCAGUCGGAUACGUUGGCCGCGUCGCUGCCGCGCAGGAAGCCCCCGAUUUCACGCUCACCCCUUACAUCGUCCAAAAUCUUCUCAUUCUCCUCGGCCCGGCGCUGCUCGCGGCGUCCAUCUACAUGAUCCUCGCCCGCCUGAUCCGCCUGCUGGGCGCCAAAGAAUACGCGCUGGUCAGAACGAGAUGGAUGACCAAAAUCUUCGUCGCCGGUGACGUUCUCUCGUUCUUCGCGCAAGGUGCCGGCGGCGGCUUCCUGGCCAAGGCAAAGACCAAAGAGGACCAGGAACGCGGCGAGAACAUCAUCCUGGCGGGGCUGGGAAUCCAGAUCAUCUUCUUUGGCUUCUUCAUGAUCACGACCGUCAUUUUCCACGUGCGCAUCGCCCGGAACCCGACACCGGCCUCCCUCUCGGCCGCCGCGGGGCCCUGGCGCCGGCUCGUCGCCGUCCUGUACGCCAGCAGCGUCCUCAUCAUGGUCCGGUCCGUCUUCCGCAUGGUCGAGUUCGGCAUGGGCUACGACAGCGUCCUCAUGUCGACCGAGGCCUACCUGCUCGGCCUCGACGGCGCCCUCAUGUUCGCCGCCGCCGCCGCCCUGCUCUGGUGCCACCCCAGCCGCGUGAUUCGCCACGGCCGGGACGUACACUUCCGUCCCGCCCCCGCCGCCGCCGGGGUCGCCCAGGACGACGCCGGGCAGGUCGGAUAG